AUGUUUGCAUCGAGAUUUGACCCUAGCCAAUUGACUGCUCCUGCAGCUAGCGCACCAGAAGGAAUCGUCGGAACUACUCCCCCGGCCAUUGUGCCUUUAAAGAGGCAGGCUACUGAAUCUGAUAAUGAAGAAUAUGGCUCUCACCAAGAUUCUGAUGAGAGUUCCAACUCUAGUUCAGAGGAAGACGAAGACCGUAUGCAAGUAGAUUAUGGGGCUAGUGAAGAGGAUUCGAGUGAAGUGGAAGAGGAAGAGAGUAAGCCAAGUACUCACAGCACAGUGCUAUCGAGAUUCAAGCAAACAGUAUCAUUGCAAGAAAGGCUAGGUGCAUCUGAUAUUGCUGAGAGUAAGGAAGACGAAGGUAUUGAAGACGAGGCGGCCUCAACUCACCAACUAAAACAGAUUCCUCAACCUGAAUUCGUCAAAAACCCAAUGAAUUUGAAUACAAAUUCAUUACAGUUCAAAUCUACGGGUUGGUUAAAUACUGAGAAGAUAUAUUAUGAUAAUUCCUUGAUCAAACCGUUCUCGGAUUACGCAAAUGAAUUAGAAGCAAAACUACUGCAGAAUAUUUGCAAGAAUUUCUCUACAAACACUUUUCCCAUCCAAUCGAUCAUCCUAGACUCCAUAUUACCGGUAUUGAACUUCACGUUGAACGUAUCUAAGAGAAACUUCACCAGAAGAAUCGGUGAUAUUCUUGUAAAUGCUGCUACCGGUUCAGGUAAAACUUUGGCUUACUCCAUUCCUAUUGUUCAAACCCUCUUCAAGAGACAAAUUAACAGACUGCGUUGUAUAAUCAUCGUCCCCACAAAACUAUUGAUAAACCAAGUUUAUACUACGUUGACAAAGCUAACUCAAGGGACGUCGCUUAUUGUGAGCAUUGCCAAAUUAGAAAAUUCUUUGAAGGACGAACACAAAAAAUUAUCAAAUUUGGAACCAGAUAUCUUAAUCACUACACCUGGUAGAUUAGUAGAUCAUCUAAAUAUGAAAUCGAUAAAUUUGAAAAACCUAAAGUUUUUGAUUAUCGAUGAGGCUGAUCGUCUUUUGAACCAGUCCUUCCAGGGCUGGUGUCCAAAACUAAUGUCCCAUUUGAAAACGGAUAAAUUAGAUACACUUCCAGGGAACGUGAUCAAAAUGAUCUUCAGUGCGACAUUGACUACCAACACAGAAAAGUUAAACGGCUUGAACCUUUACAAACCAAAGUUGUUCCUGAAGCAAACCGAUAAAUUGUACCAGCUACCUAACAAAUUGAAUGAAUUUAACAUCAACAUUCCCACGGCGAAAAGUGUUUACAAGCCAUUGAUAUUGUUGUAUUCAAUAUGCCAAUUUAUGGCACAUUCCCCCAUUGCUGCAAAGAUUUUGAUUUUCGUUAAAUCAAAUGAAUCGUCUAUCAGAUUAAGCAAGUUACUACAACUUAUCUGUGAAUCUCGCUCACAAUCCAGCGUAUUGAAAAACCUUCAAAAUUUGGCGGUGAGUAUUAAUUCUGUCAAUUCAAACAACUCCAAAGCAGAAAAUAAAAAAAUUGUUGCGAACUUCUCGCAUCACUCGGAAAGCGCAGGCAUUACCAUCUUAAUUACUACCGAUAUCAUGUCCCGUGGUAUUGAUAUUAACGAUAUCACUCAAGUAAUAAACUAUGACCCACCAAUGUCUUCUCAACAAUAUGUCCAUCGUGUUGGUAGAACAGCAAGAGCUAACGAACUUGGUUCCGCUUAUAACUUACUAGUAGGUAGAGGUGAAAGAACGUUUUUCGAUGACUUAAACAAAGAUCUAGAUAGAGACGGUAAAUCUGUCCAGCCAUUAGAACUCGAUUUUACCCUAUUGGAAUCUGAUUCUGAACUAUAUACUUCGUCUCUAGAAAGUUUGAAAAACUAUCACAAUAACACCGCACAAGCUUAA